AACGGUCACACUGUGCUAUGGCAUGCAAUACGCGAAGGAAAUCUGCCGCUGAUAUCUCUACUGCUGACACGUGGUGCUAAUGUGAAGCACAAGUCAAAGAACGGACAGUCUGUGCUGCACAGAGCUGUGGAUGUGGCGAGUGCCGAGAUUGUCAGCGAAUUACUGGACCAUGGCGUAAACGUAAACGAUGUCAUCACCUCGGGCGUCGACCAUGUACGUGCGCAUGUACUGGCUUGUGCGUGUACUUGUUCGUAG